AUGUUAUUUAUUUAUCGCGUGUAUACUAAGGAAUACCUACAUUUUAUUUAUUGAUAUAUUAAAACGAAAUGAUACAAUUAAUUACGCUCUUCUAUCAUAUAGAAAUCAAUUACAUAGAUACUGAAUUAUUUUAAUUUAAUUUUAAUUGUACAAUUAAAAAUAUUUUAGUAGGUACCUAUCUAUAUAUUUUUUUUAAUAAUUAUGGUAUAUUUUUAAAAAUAAUAAAACUGAAGAAACCUAAUUUGAAACACCUAGACAGAACAGGUUCAUUGUCAAGAAAUGAAUUCUAUUCAAAAAGCCGACUCACCCGGUUUAGGGUGCCGACACCUGCAGAGCCUGUUGCUGUUCCUGUGCGUGGUUAGCGGGUACUUGAUCCGGGUGAACCUGUCCGUCACUAUCGUGGCCAUGAAUCCCGUGAUCAACUCGACGGACUACUUGCGAGAGCUGGCCGACCACGUGCCGAUAUUCGGGUGGACCAACUCGACGCGGUCGGUGUUGCUGAGCACGUUUUUCGUCGGCUACCUGUUGUCCAACUUUCCGGCGUCCGUGCUCGGGUGCCGGUUUAACAACAAGACGCUGCUGGCGUGCAGCAUGACCAUCUCGUCGGUGCUGGCCAUCGUCAGCCCACAGUUGGUGUACAUGUACGGCGCCCCCGCCCUGGUGGCCGUCCGGUUCGCGCAGGGCCUGUCGUCGGCGUUCAUGUUCCCCAUGGUGCAUGGCAUCAUGUCCAAGUGGGCACCGCCGCACGAGCGAGGCCAGCUGGUCGGGUUCAUCGCCAGCGGCAUACAGCUGGGCACCAUGGUCACGCUGGCCGUUUCCGGCGCGCUGUGCGGCAGUUCGCUGGGCUGGCCGUCCGUCUACUACCUGAGCGGCGCCAUCGGGCUGGCGUGGACGGUCGUCUGGCUGCUGCUGGGCGCCGGCUCGCUGUCCACGCACCGUUUCAUCAGUCAGGCCGAGAAGGACUACAUUCAAGCGUCGCUCGCCAACACCGUCGAUCACGAAAUACGGUUGUCAGAUACUCCGUGGAAAUCCAUAUUCACGUCGUUUCCGGUGUGGGCCACCACUAUAGCGCACAUUGGCCAUAACUGGGGAUUUUGGCUGUUGUUGACUGAGAUGCCUACGUUUAUUCAUACGGUGCUGAAAUUCGAUAUAAAGGAUGAUGGUUUGCUGUCUUCAUUGCCAUAUCUCGCCAUGUUCGUGCUCCAAAUCCCAGUCACCUUCAUAGCCGAUUUUCUGAAUAAGCGCAAAAUCACCUCCCUCACAACGUCUAGAAAAUUCUGGAACACAAUAUCCAUGUGGGGUGGCACCGUUGGCUUAAUCAUACUAGGUUACAUCGAAGACACCCACUUGACGAUCAUCAUUUACGUGUUCAUCGUAGCCAUAGGGUGUUCAUCGAACGCUGGAUUCAACAUAAAUCACAUGGAUCUGUCACCCAACUACGCUGGGCUCCUAAUGGGAAUCACCAAUACAGCCGCAGCUUCUGGAGGGAUUAUUGCCCCUCUGUUCGUCGGUCUCGUUGUUGACGAUCAGACUUCAGUUUCGGAAUGGCGAAUUGUGUUCAUCAGUGGUGCAAUAGUGCUGUUCGUAUGCAAUUUGUUUUUUAUUAUAUUUGGCUCGGCAAAAACUCAGCCUUGGAAUUCAGUACACAAAAACGAUUCUCUAAAAAUGGAUAAUACUAAACAAGAUGUUGAAAUUGUUGGAUAACAUUACAUGCAUAUCAUAUGCAAUGCACCUAAAGCCACAUAUUUAUCGAUUAUUAUAUAUACUGUCUAACUGUCUAUAUAUAAUAAUAAUUAUGAUCAUGUCAUCACAAUGUUGCCUACUUACUAUUAUGAUUUAUAAAAUUUAAAUUACUACAAUGUAAUUGUAAAUUUAUUGUUUAAAAUUCUCAUUUUAUUUUAUUUUGGCCCAUAGUUUAGAGUUUAAAAUUUUUAAUAAAUACCAAAUAAUUGUUAUUUUUUAUAAUCAACGUCUAAGUAAAUUAUAUUUUAAACUUUA